UCAAAAUCUCUCUCUUUCUCUCUCUCUCUCCCUCUGAAAAGAAAGAGAGAUAAUGGAUGUAAAAUUUAUUCAGCAAAAAAGGUUCAUUAUUUUUCCAACUUUGGGGAGCAACAACAAAUUAACAAAGCUGAGAAGGAACAUGUUUCUUCCUUGUGUUGCAGUGCUCACAAGACCAGCAGAGAAGAAUGGAGUUACGGAUCAAGAAACAACAAAAUUAGGCAAUAUUAAUACUGUUUACAGAGAUAACUGGUUCGAUAAAAUAGCCACCGACCAUCUAUCUCAAGCAGUGCAAGUAACAUCAGGUUGGAGAAGCAAAAAAAGGGGAUAUGAAAGCUUGGUGGAGGUGGCAACAAUGGCUUCAAGAAGUUUCAACCAGAUCAAACAGAGGGAGGUCAUCAUGCAGGCUCUUGAAAGGGCGUUUCCAAGGCCAAUCCUAUCUCUGAUAAGAACAUUGCUGCCACAAUCCAAAUUCACAAGGGAAUAUUUUGCUGCAUUCACCACUGUCUUCUUUGCUUGGUUGGUUGGACCCUGUGAGGUGAAGGAAUCAGACUUCAAUGGAAGAAGAGAAAAGAAUGUGGUUCAGAUCAACAAGUGCAGGUUCCUAGAGCAAACUAACUGUGUUGGAAUGUGCAUUAAUCUAUGCAAGUUUCCAUGUCAGGACUUCAUCAAGGAUUCUCUGGGAAUGCCAGUCGAAAUGGUCCCCAAUUUUGAUGACAUGAGCUGUAAGAUGAUAUUUGGACAGGAUCCACCAGCUUCAGUCGAUGAUCCAGUGCUAAAGCAACCAUGUUACAAAAUAUGCAAAACAAAAGCAAAACACACGACAAACUGCUUCAUUUAAAGCUAAGAGAUGCAGAAAGCAAGAUUUUGGAUUAUAUCCGUUUUAGCUCCCAUUGUUUUUGUUUUUAAAAUUUUCAGCAUUACAGGAGCUCUUUCUUCUUCCAAGAUGUACAGAUACUUUUACUGUUCAGGCAUCAGAGCAAAAGUAACUUUGCAAAAAUCUGAAUUUCUCUGAUCAUUAGAUUGGUUCAAAGGUGGAAGUCUAUAGUACUGUCGGAUGACAUAAAUACAAUUAAAAACAUGUGUGUAGGAAAAGAGUUAACAUGCAGUAAA